AUGGCGUUAGAUCCGUUCUGCUUCUUUCGCACUCUAGGGCUCUGCAAGGAUCCCCCAGUGGAGCUGACACAGCCUGAGUGGUGGGUAGGCCUUCCAGGCGGAGGGUCCCCUGGCUUGCUGGAAUCUCUCCGUUUGACGCCACGGCAGCAAAGACAGCAGCUGCUAGCACAACAACCCUAUCAGCAGGGGGUAUGGGGUCACCCCGUAGACGCUGUGGACGUCCGAGAGAGCGCGACGGAGAUCUACUGCAUGCAGGCAGCCGCUUCAACCUACUACCUCCCUGCUAAGCAACAGCAGCGUCAAACGACGGGGAUUCCGCAGAGCCAUAGCAGCAGAGCCUACGCAGCAGCAGCCCCUGUCGCAAGCAGCUACCCUGCGAGCAGCAGAGGCAGCAGCGACGGCCAAAACCAGGUGCCUGGCUUCUUCGGACACCUGCCCCUAGGCAAGGGUCUCAAGAAAUCUUCUGACGGCUGGGGUCUUGCAAACAGCACAGAACCAAAUCUACACCCACGCGGAUCUACAGCUAUUUCUACACCUGCGCGGAAAAGUCUACGGGGAAUCGCACGAGAGUACUUUUUUGUGCAGUUGCAUGAACGACAACAAAAUCCACCACCAUCCCAAAACCCUAAUAGUGAUGCCCUCUCUCCGCCUGGCGUCGGCUGCUUUCCGCACAGCGGAAAUCGCUGCAUCUUUUCUGGUGUACGUACACCAGAAAAGAUGCAGCACGGCACAAUAGGGGAGACGCCAGGCAGCAAAGCGAGCGACAGACGAAAGUUGGUACACUUUUAA